AUGUCCACGGGACACUCACUAUUUGAACUUGUCAUUGGUAAGCAACUACUAAUACCCCUUGAGCUUGUGAAACAAUGA